UUUGAGAAAAUUGGUUAUAUUUAAAAAUAUUAAUGAAAACAUUGCAACCAUUGCAAUAACAAAAUUUUUAAACCAUUUAUGGUAUCUAAGUGAAGAGUGUGCUGCCAUGGCAAUAUUUGACGAUAGAAUUGAGAGAGUUGAAAAAAUUAGAAUGGCUCAAAAAAUUAUGGAAUGUGCAAGUAAAAACAUAGAGACUGUGAAUGAAAAAGAAGAAGAAAAUGAAGAGACAGAAGUCAUUGAGAAAAAACUAUCGUUGCAAAUCCGAGAUGUCCAAAAUUUUGUUCAAAAAGAUCUACCAACUGAAUUAUUGUCCGCCAAUUCACUUCAGUUAUUUAAACGAUUCGGUAUUUGUGUUGAAUUUCUUCAGGACGAUCCGCUGAAUUGGGAAAACAGAGAGGAUUAUCGCACAGGAAAAAAUAUCAUUUCAACCUUAAAAUGUACAAAUGAUAUUGCAGAAAGAGGAGUCAAGUUGAUUGAGGAUUACAAUGAAAAAAUGACGAAAAAUGAACAUCAAAAACAAUUUUUGAUACAGGUUGUUCAGGAGUACCGGAGAGAGUUCCCAGUCGCCACAAAAGGAGGCUUACUUAAAUCCAAAAUAUGUAUCUGAAGUGGAUGUAUCAUUUCAAUAAAUAAAAAAUAUAGUAUUAGGAUAAACUAUA